GAGUCAUCUCGACGUACAUCCCCUUAUACGUAGAUACAAAUGGAAAUGCAGUCGAAUCCAUCGCGCGCGAAAGCGAAAACCAGUUGUCACAACGUGAGAAUAUUCCUUGUCUUCACCCUCGCCGUUACAUUAUGCUACCCAGCUCUCAUCGAUACGGCGGUGGUUCGUUCCGAGAAACAGUUCCAGCGGGUACUGUUACGAGACUUUACAAAUGUCAGGAUUCCACGAGCUACAGAAGAUAGCGAUGAGGAAAACGCACCGAGACGAAUUUGUCAUAACGCGCCCUGUGGAUGGGCGGUCUAUAAUCCGUAUACGCGUAACAUUGAGUAUUUCAUGAGAAACACUUGUGAAUGCCCGGAUGAAAGUUACAAGUGCGUGCGCGUUGGAGAUGAUCUCUCCGCGAGUGCGUACGUAUACCGUUGCCGCCAAAAUACGACAGCGGAGGACAUUGAGUCUCCUUCUCUCGAUGACACUCUCUGAGACGAGAUCGGCAUCUCGUCAUCGGUAUCUACUUAUAUCACACACCAAAUCUGCAGUUACCGCCAUCAUCGUCGUCGUCGUGAUCGUCUUCACGAUUCGUCAUAUCACUCCAGCUCUUCGAGUUUUCGAUAAUACAUCUUUACCGUACAUUUUGAAUGAAAGUGACCUGCACCACACCAUUUGUUUUGUUACAAAGAAAAUUGUGAUCGAACGAUUGUUACUCGCGAUCGUGCUAAAGUGAUCCUUAUUAUAUAUGUAUAUUGUCAGAAAUUGAAAUUAUUACAGGUAUAAACGGCGCACUACCAUUAGGCGCGACAGCCUGAUCAUGCGAUAGUGUAUUCCCUUUCAAUUGUCGGCUGGAUUAACAAUUUUACAAUCUGGAAUAAACUUUUAAUGCGAUACGUAUGCACACACACACACAC